GCGAGGUCGUGUAACUGUACUAUUUUGGUCUUUUUGUUUGUUUGUUUGUUUGUUCGUUCGUUCGUUCCCCCCUCCCCACCAAUUUCGCCAAUUGGCAGCGCACAGUGAGAAAACGUCGCAGUUUCAUGACAGCCUCCAGCGCGCUUUUCGCCCGUUAGCCGCUAAACAAGGAGGAGCACAGCAAGCUAGCCACCGUUUUGGGUGUCGCCAUUGUGGAAAUGAGCGACUGACUGAGCGGAAACACAUUUCAAGUAGUUGAACAGAGCGACGGCCGAGCACCACGAGGGACUUUCCUUGCGCAGACGAGGAGAAGGAGCGGCGACGCUCUUUCCGAACCUCAAAUGGACUCGCACACAGCAGACGCCCGGCAGCCGCUUCUGCCCAGGCCGCCCCACCUGAAAGAGGAAGAAGUGACGCCCGCCGGGGUCAAAGAGGAGCAGGCGGAGACGCCCCUCGUUAAGGAGGAGGAGGAGGAGCGCGGCAUCGGUCUACAGGCGGACAUCGGCGUACCUCCGGCGGCUGGACUCCUUGUGAAAAGUGAAGCUGACGGUCAGUGCGAGGAGGCGAGAGGAUCGGAAGCGGAGCGCCUCUUAGCGCCGCUCUCAGGCGGCGAGGUGACGUCGACGUCGACGUCGCGCUCUCCUGACACUGAAGAUGACGACGACGAGGAUGAAGGAGACUCGAAAGACGUCCGGCAGCUGCAGCCGGAGCCCCCCGACGUCAAAGAGCAAGCGAUUGGAGUGAUUGUGAAGAGUGAAGGCGAUGACGCAGAUCCGGUCUUGGACCAACAUGCAGAUGAUGAUGACGACGACGACGACGACGACGGCAAAGGCGAUCACGCGAGAAGCCAAACCGACACUUUGCAAUGUCAUCGGUGCGACAAAAAGUUUGGCGGCAAGCGACACUUGACGCGACACAUGCGAUGCCACACGGGGGAGAAACCAUUCGUUUGCUCCUUUUGCGGCAAAGGUUUCCCUCGCAACGAACAUCUGGUCUCGCACGUGAGAAUCCACACGGGCGAGAAACCCUUUGCGUGUUCCGUGUGCGCUCAGACCUUCUCUCACAAGUCCAACCUGACCACGCACAUGAGGAGACACACCGGGGAGAAACCGUACGCGUGCCGCCUGUGCAGCGAAAGCUUCUCGCGGAAGGUCAGCUUGAUGAUCCACACCAAGACGCACACUGGCGAGAAACCAUUCCGCUGCGCCGUUUGCGCCAAAAACUUCUCGCUCAAGGAACAUUUGAUUACACACACCAGGACGCACACUGGAGAAAAACCUUUCUCUUGCUCCUUUUGCCAAGUGCGUUUCAGCGACCGCUCGGCCCUGACCAGACACACGCGAACGCACACCGGGGAGAAACCCUUCCCCUGCUCCGUGUGCGCCAAAAGCUUUUCGCUGAAAGCAUACCUGACGGAACACGUGGCGUCGCACGCGGGAGAGAAAGCCUUUUCGUGCGCCAAAUGCAAAUCAAAGUUUAGUUUCCGUUCGGCGUUGGUGAGGCACAUGAAGACGCACAGCGGGGCGAACUCGUUCAGUUGUGGGCCAAAGAGCAAACACUCGUGUGCUGCUGAACAGAGCAGCAACCAGUGAGGCCGUCGCCACAGCAACACCAUCUUUUUGUUUGUUAGUCAUUCUUGUGGGCAAACACUUGCACUCAAGCGGCAAAAUUUAGAGUUUAAAAAGAGACAGCUGAUUUGCAGAUAACAUACAACAACCAAUACCAUGUUUGCGCCAAAUAUGUACCAUGUGUCGUUUUAACAAAAAAGAAUUGUAAUAUUUACAUGUAAAAUGUAAGUUACAAUUUUUGUACAUGUCAAGUGCGCAUGCAAUUUACAAACCCCAAUUCUCAAAACAUAAAAACAGAAUGCAAUAAUAUGUAAAUCCUUUUCAACCUAUAUUCAAUUGAAUAUACGACAAAGACAAGCUGUGUAAUGUUCAAACUGAUAAACAUAAUUGUUUGUUUUUUUUGCAAAUAUUUCCUCAUUUUGAAUGUGAAGCCUGAUUCCCUCCAGGCCCGCUCAAUCAAGAAAUCACUUCAACACAAUCUGUCCCGACAAAAUCAAGUUGGACAAAAGAUCGACAAAAGCCGCAACAAAAUGACACGAUCCGAAGAAAUUCCAGACCAGUUGAGAAAUAAAGUCAUUGACACCUAUCAGUCUGGGAAGGGUUACAAAAGCCGUUUCUAAAGCUUUAGAAUUCCAGAGAACCAUCGGGAGAGCCAUUAUCCUUACGUGGCGAAAACAUGGAAGAGUGGUGAGAACCUUCUCAGGAGUGGCCGGCCUACAAAGCAAUGACUCAUCCGGGAGGGCACAAAGGAACUCUGGACAACUUGUAAAGAACUGCAGGCCUCCCUUGCCUCAGUUCAGGUCAGCGUUCAUGACACGACAAUAAGGAAGAGACCGCAAGGGCAAGUAUGGCAUCCACGGCAGAGUUCCGAGGCCAAAACCGCUGCUGACCGAACGGAACACAAAGGCUUGUCAUAUUUUGGGGAAAAAAACAAACAUCUGAAUGAUUCCCAAGACAUGGAAUGACGAGAUGAAAGUUGAACUUUUUUGGAAGGUGUGUGUCUUUGUUACAUCUGGCGUAAAUAUAAAACAGCAUUUUCAGAAAAAAGAACAUCAACACGAACAGUCAAGCACGGUGUUUGUAGUGUGAUGGUCUUGGGCCGCUUUUCUCCUUCAGGCCCUGGACAACUUGCUGUGAUUGAUGGAACCAUGAAUUCGGCUCUUUACCAGAAAAUCCUGAAGGAGAAUGUUCGGCCAUCAGUUUGUGACGUCAAGCUGAAGCGCGCUUGGGUUCUGCACCAGGAUAACGAUCCAAAACACACCAGUAAGUCAACUUCUGAAUGGCAUAAAAAGCGGGACACAAAAUAUCUCCACAGAGAUGUGAAAGACUCAUUGGCAGUUCUCGAAAACGCUUGAUUUCACUUGUUGCUGCUGAGGCUGGCCCAACCAGUUCUUGGGUUUUGGGGGCCAUUACUUUUUCACACAGGGUCAGGUAACUUUGAAUCGUUUAUUUGCCUUCAGAAAAGAAUUCACCUUUUAACAAAGCUUUUUAAGUUCACUUGGGUUAUAUUUGUCUGAUAUUAUUUAAAUGUCUUUGAUGAUCGUAAACAAAGAGGGGGAAAAAAAAGUACAAAUAAGAAUUUGAGAAUGGGGGCAAUAAUUGGUGUAUGUGUAAAAUACUUAAUUUUGAUCAUGAAAUCAUUUGUUUUCAGUUUUUUUGUUUUACUUGCUGUGACAACCCCCGCUUGGACAUUUAUAAUUACAACUA